AUGACUGAAAACUGACACGCUUUCAACUUAUUGCAAUAAAUUUUAAAGAAUUUAUUUAUUUAUUUUAUCAAUAAAGCCUCUCUCCUUUUUAAUAAACCUUUCUGUUUAGUAAAAAACCGCAAAGAUGAGUACUAUUUUGGAGAAAAUAGCCGCCAUAGAGUCGGAGAUGGCCCGUACACAAAAAAAUAAAGCAACCGCUCUUCAUUUAGGUAUAUUAAAGGCCAGGUUGGCAAAAUUACGUCGUGAAUUAAUCACGCCUAAAGGAGGCGGCGGAGCUACAGGCGAAGGUUUCGAUGUUGCUAAAACCGGUGAUGCUAGGAUUGGGUUUGUGGGUUUCCCAUCGGUAGGGAAAUCAACACUUCUGUCUAAUUUAGCAGGAGUGUACUCUGAAGUUGCAGCAUAUGAAUUCACAACACUCACAACAGUGCCCGGCUGUAUCAAGUAUAAGGGUGCAAAGAUACAACUUCUCGAUCUUCCCGGUAUUAUCGAAGGUGCUAAGGAUGGCAAGGGUCGAGGUCGGCAGGUGAUCGCCGUCGCGCGUACUUGUAGUUUGGUGUUUAUCGUAUUGGACGUACUGAAACCGCUGCAGCACAAAAAACUUUUAGAACAUGAGUUGGAAGGCUUUGGCCUCCGGUUAAACAAGCAACCACCAAACAUAUAUUUUAGGAAAAAAGACAAGGGUGGCAUCAAUUUGAAUACUACUUGUCCACAAUCUGAAUUGGACCUCGAAACAGUAAAAACAAUUCUCUCAGAGUAUAAGAUACACAACGCUGACAUAACGCUACGAUACGACGCGACUAGUGACGAUCUAAUCGACGUUAUUGAGGGCAAUAGAAUAUAUGUGCCUUGUAUAUAUUUAUUGAAUAAAAUUGAUCAAAUCAGCAUAGAAGAACUAGAUGUCAUUUACAAAAUACCCCAUUGCGUGCCGAUCUCUGCCCACCACAAAUGGAACUUUGACGAUUUAUUGGAGAAAAUGUGGGAAUAUUUAAAACUCAUCAGAAUAUACACCAAGCCCAAAGGACAAUUGCCAGAUUACAAUGCUCCUGUGGUCUUACACGCUGACAGAACAUCCGUUGAAGAUUUCUGUAAUAAACUGCACAGGUCUAUUGUAAAGGAAUUCAAAUAUGCCUUAGUAUGGGGAUCAUCAGUGAAGCAUCAGCCUCAAAAAGUGGGAAUAGAUCAUGUAUUGGCAGACGAGGAUGUUGUGCAAAUUGUAAAGAAAGUGUAAAAUAUAUUAUAUUGACAGAAACAUUAUAUUUUCGCGAACGAAAAUUAUAACUGAUAUAAAUGUUAAGUAUCUGAGAUAAAUUUCUUAUCGGUUUGAUUGAAUCUUAUUUGGCUCACGGCAUUUUUAUGAGCAUUAUUGAUAAGUGUUGUUGCUUAUUAAUAAGAAAUAACUAUAAACGAAUUGUUGAGAGCAUAUAUUGUUUUGAACUGAAUAAUAGUUCCAUAACUUGUUACUGUGAAUAGGUUGUGAUAGUGUUGUAAUUUGAUGGCGCAAUGAUUAAUGCGUUGGUCGGCGAUGCGGAGGUCAGGCGGCGAUAAAACGAUUUCUUUUUCAC